AUGUACACGGUGUCGCGAGUGACACCGUUCGAGUGGAACCUGAACUUCUCGUGCUGCACGGCUCAUCAACCUCAUCCGGGUGCCGCCUUUGUGAACUCACCUGUGGAGCUUUCGAAUAACUACAGCUUCUGGAAUACAUUAUGGUACGUAACCAGCACAAUGCUCAAAGGAGGAUGCGAUUUUGGUCCUCGAGCUGUGUCAACGAGGCUACUAGGAGGAACAUGGUGGGUGUUCACGCUGGUGAUCAUCAGUGCAUACACUGCAAAUCUGGCUGCAGUUCUCACUGUUUCGCGGCCAUUCAUCCCAAUCAAAAACCUGGACGAUUUGGCUAAUCAGACAACCAUCUCGUACGAAUCCAAAAUUGGUUCUCAUGCGAAGAUGUGGGAGUACAUGAAAAACCGUGAUGUGUUUGUCAAGGACAACCGAGAAGGAGUUGAAAGAGUAGUGAGGCGAAACUUUGCGUAUUUGAUGGAGUCAACAUCGCUUGAGUUCGAAGUGUCACAAAACUGUAACCUCACUCAAAUUGGUGGUGUGUUGGGUUCGAAAGGUUAUGGCAUUGCCUUACAGAAA